ACCAGCGGCGUGUUUCCGUCGAUCGUAAAAAUCGAGGCUAGCUGACGCGCCUCCACAAUGCGUGGUCGGUCUUCAGCAUCAGUCGCCGUUGAACCCUCGUCUCGUGAGCAACUGUGUGACCGGUGAAUCGUAAGAAGCGCGGACACACCAGACGAAAUGGCUACCAUUACGAGGUUAUCGAUCGUAAAAUUCCUUGAACUCCUCUUAGUAUGCAUCCUUAUCGGAUUGCAUUACAAUUCCUUCAACGCGGGAGAUCAUCACACCGCGAUGAUAACCAUGGGUACAUUUGGGGGAUAUUUAAUUAUUUUGGUCGGCUUGUUCAUCGGCAGUGUCAUGGGAACGCCAGUGAAUCGUCGUGUGGACCUUUUCUUCUCGCUCAUCGGAUGUGCCCUGUUCAUCGCUGCGGGCGCGUUGAACAUCGACUUCUUCCAGAAGCUGAGCCACAGCUCGUCGUUUCGCGACACCGGCUUGGCCAAAGGUUCCAUCAGCAUCAUCGAGGGCGUUCUCUUCCUCGUGGACGCGUUCCUCACGUUUCGCGGGGAGAACUGAAAUAAGCCGCAUUUGAUUACGACGGGGACUGCACGGCCGGCAAUCGGUGUUAACCACAUUCCGUGAUCGAAAUGACGAAUGCGGAAUUCUCUAAUCAGUAAGGGACGAUACUGCCAAAGACUUUUCCGACGUGUUCGACGACGAUGCAUGUGUUCGACGAUAACGCGGAAAGAACAAAUUUUUCGCAGCCGGAUAAAGCGCGCGAGACGCGCAAAUCGCGCGGGAUUCGCACGCAAUUUCGCGAAUUUUCCCAGAUUAUGUGAAGCGCAACUUAUCGCAAUUAUCCAUCUGAUCGAGAUGAAAUCACAAAGUCUAUUCGUCUAACUUGCCGAAAAAUCUAGAUUCGGAGCUACAUUCUCGAAGUAAAUUAUUUGUUAUACGUCGUUUCUUCUAUCAAUAAACGGAUACUUUCAAAUCGAUCGCGUCGUGUAUUAAAAAAAAAAAAUGCGACUUCGCGAGACGGUGCCUUACCGAUAAUAGUACAAAAUGUAACGCGAAUCGUAUGUACCCGAGAAAAAAUAAUUAUAUAUAAUUUAUAUACAAUUAUACACACGAUUUUAUAUAUAAUUAAAAAUAAUGUCGCUCGGGUAGAAACGACAGACAGUUACCUACAUGCACAUAUUAAACGUUACGAAACGCUGUAAUACUAAUAAGAAGCGGCAGUCCCUUCGUAGAAGCAGGCCAGUUGAGAUAUCGUAAAUGUUAUUAACGUGCUCAUAUCGCACUCGUAAGCUUAAGUCAUGCUAUCACGUUAAGUACGGCAAGCAGCUGCGCGGCAUGGAGGAAGAAUACGAAAGUAUCAUGACACAUUCUGUUAUUGCGCGACGCGCGAUAUCUCGACUCCGAUGAAACAUUCUCGUCGCGACGAUCGCGUGUAUGUCGUACGCCGUCCCUCUUUCACGAGCAUUCGCGUGUAUAUUUAUCUUUGAUUUGUACGUUUCUAUGCUAAGAAGCCCAAUAAUAAAAAGGAAAUAAUGAAACGAA